GUCUAUGCACAGUGUGGGGAAAGGGCAGCGCUAAGUGAAUCUAAAGUAACGUAUUUUCUUUGGAAAAAUGAUGCUGUCAGAAGUGCUGCAGGUGCUCCGGGGGGCUGGGAAAGUGGGCUCAGCUCUGGUCACCACCCAGGGCGAGCAGCUCCGACUGCUGGCCUGCAACUCGUCCCUGGGCCCAGGAGUCAGAGCUGCUCAGGACGUGGUGGACGGACUGGUGGCCACUUUCAUGGGCAGCAACAGCACGUCGACAAAGGAGGACGUGUUUCCGGACACAGAGGGUUGGGACAACAUGGACCCUGAUGAAGCAGCCAAGUGGGCUGUGGGGUCUGAGUUCCCUCCUGAGGCUGUGGAUCAAAACCAGGCAGGACCAGCUGGACCAGCCGGGGGGAUGCACACAGGGAUGCAUUCUAGUCCAGGGAUGGCUAUAGGGGGAGCAGGCUGGCCAACACAGAGCAGUCGCACCCUGCACACCUUGCCCCAGUUUCAGCGGUACCACUACCAGACCCGGUCCAUUCACAACACUGUGGUGGCCAAACUCACUCCAGAGGACAUGAAGAAAGCCAGAGAGGCGAAACAGACUCUGGUUAAACCAAUACGACAAAAGCUGAGUGACCGCGCCAAAGAAAGGAAGGUUCCUGCCACAAGAAUCAGCCGACUCGUUAAUUUUGGAGGACUGGCAGUCGGGCUGGGAAUCGGUGCCAUCGCAGAAGUGGCCAAACAGUCUCUAGGGGGCAAACAGAAAGGAGACACGGCCACCCUGCUGGACUCACCCUUCCUCUCUGAGGCCAACGCUGAGAGAAUCGUCAACACUCUGUGCAAGGUUCGAGGAGCGGCGCUCAAGAUCGGACAGAUGCUCAGCAUCCAAGAUAACUCCUUCAUCAACCCCCAGCUGCAGAAGAUCUUUGAGCGGGUGCGUCAGAGCGCAGACUUCAUGCCCACGUGGCAGAUGCUCAAAGUGCUGCAGGAGGACCUCGGUCCAGACUGGAGGGGCAAGCUGUCGUCCUUCGAGGAAAAACCUUUUGCUGCAGCCUCCAUUGGCCAGGUGCAUCACGGGGUUCUGAAAAAUGGGAGAGAGAUCGCCUUGAAGAUCCAGUACCCAGGGGUAGCAGAGAGCAUCCAUAGUGACAUCAACAACCUGAUGUCCGUGCUGAAGAUGAGCGUGGCCCUGCCAGAAGGUCUGUUUGCAGACAGCAGUUUGGAGGUCCUGCAGAGAGAACUGGCCUGGGAGUGUGACUACAGGAGGGAAGCUGAGUGCGCCAAGAAGUUCAGGUCGCUGCUGGAAGGAGACGAGUUCUUUGAAGUCCCAGAGGUGAUUGAUGAGUUGUCGGGUCAGAGGGUGCUGGCCAUGGAGCUGGUGCAAGGAGUUCCUCUAGAUCGCUGCGUGGACCUGGAUCAGAAAACGAGGAACCAGAUCUGCUCCAACAUCCUGCAGCUGUGUUUGAGGGAGCUGUUUGAGUUCAGGUUCAUGCAGACCGAUCCAAACUGGGCCAACUUCUUCUACGACUCGGACACAAACAAGGUCUUCCUCUUGGACUUUGGAGCGUGCAGAUCCUACCCUGAAGCCUUCACUGAUGACUACAUCCAGGUGGUUUACGCAGCAUCCGUUGGGGAUCGAGUCACCGUCCUGUCCAAAUCAAAGGACAUGAAGUUCCUGACAGGCUUCGAGACCAAGGCGUUCAUGGACGCCCACGUGGAGGCCGUGAUGAUCCUCGGCGAAGCCUUCGCAUCCAGCGAGCCCUUCGACUUCGGCACCCAGAGCACCACCCAGCGCAUCCAGAACCUUGUCCCCAUCAUGCUGCGCCACCGUCUCACGCCUCCCCCCGAGGAGACAUACUCCCUGCACAGAAAGAUGGCGGGCUCCUUCCUCAUCUGCUCCAAACUGAAGGCUCAGAUCCCCUGCAGGGACAUGUUCCUGGACAUUUACCACACCUACAACCAGAGGAGGGAGCGGGCCCGGGCCAGUGCCUAAACUCAGAGGGACCAGUCUGCUCAGAUUUAUGACUCAGCCCUGAACCCAGACAAGGACUGGACUUUAUCUAAGGGCGUUACAGACUCCUAAGUGAAGGUCAUACAUGUUGAGUUUCUUUUCUCACUUCCUGUCUGUGCCUCACUUCACUGACAUCAGAUAAACUGAAGUGUCCUUUCAGAUCCCACUCCAUUUUUUAACUGAGGUUGGAACAAAUCAUGAAACCAUAAACAUUUAAAUGAACCAUCCAAUAUGUUCUAACUGAUUAAAUCUGAUUGAUUCUGUCAGAGAAAACACUGAGUAUCCAGUUUCUUAAAGGCAGGAUGCUUGUGCCCUCCAUCGCAGAGUGAAAAGGGUGACAUGG